GCAGCGUCACGAGGUCACGAGAGAGUUCACUUUCGGUUCCCUGGUAAGAAUGGUCGAAGAACAAUUGUAAGUGCCUGAAUCAUGUUCAUUGGAGAUACCGGUAUGGCAAAGAAUGGGAGAGGAUAAAUAAGAAUUUGUGAAAUACGGUGUCCUCUGUAAAAGACGUAAGCUUCCUCCCCUUCCCAUCAUGGCUACCUCCAUGGAUCAGUCCACUGUUCUUGAAGAUGAGCUCACCUGUCCCGUGUGCUUGGACCUGUUCCGUGACCCCCACCUGCUGCCUUGCGGCCACAACUUCUGCCUCCUCUGCGUCCGCCGCCUCAAACGCCAGGCAGAGCGAGGUCGCUUCCGUUGCCCAGAGUGUCGCGAGAGCCACCGCUGCUCCGCAGGCUCGCAGAAGAACUUCAAGCUGGCCAACAUCGCCGACGACUACCGCCUCCGGGGACAGGCAGCGUUGUCAAGACUACAACAACCAGAUGGUGGCCGCCCGGCAACAGCCAAGAUCCCUGUGUCCGUGCCCUGUGACUACUGCCGCCCAGGGGACAUUAGCGAGGCGGGGAAAGGGGAACCUGGAGCUCCCGGGGCUGGAGGAGAGGUGGUGUUUGCCGUGAAGACGUGUCUGAAAUGCGAGGUGUCCAUGUGUCAGGAGCAUGUGAAGCCCCACCUGGAGCUUCCUGCAUUUAGGGAGCACCCCCUGACCGAGCCCCUGGGAGACCUUAGGAAGAGGAAGUGUCCCGAACAUGAUGAGAUGUACCGCUACUACUGCAUGGACGACAGCAUGUGUGUCUGUAAUGCCUGUACCAUAGAGGGGGGCCACGCCGGACACACCAUCAAGACCCUGAAGAACACCAUGAAGGGUCUGAAGGACAUUCUGGAGACCCAGCUACAGAAGGUAGACAGGAAGUUGAGCAAAGCAGAAAAAACUCUCCAGGAGCAGAAAGUGGAGGAACAAAUUAACACGAAGUUCCUGGAGGACUCGGACCAGCGGAUCAUGACGGUGGGGGAGGAGUUACAGGUCCACCUGGAGGGCUUGCUCACAGCUUUAAGGGACUGUACACGCUCCCAAGAGAGUGAGUGUAGCCCCAACAUCCAGCGGAACAUAGCCAAGGUGACCCAGGAUCACGCUCGUCUGCAGGAUGUCCACAGCAGAAUCCAGAACCUCGCCCAGGAGAACGACCCCUUCCGCUUCCUAGAGGCAUACAAAUCAUCAAGCAAAAAUUUCUGCAGGCAGUUGAAGAAGCCCCUCUUCUACCCAGAGUAUGUUGGUGUGGAUACUGAAGGCCUGGCUGAGGCCCUGGAGGUUAAGCAGGAUGACUUCCUCACUAAUGUACGCUCCUGCAUCUCUCAAUUCAUCGACGAUAUCUGUCCUUCAGUCAGGGAAGAGCCGGACACCGGAGGAGAGGAGGAUGAAGAUGACGACGAGGAGGAUGGCAGUGAUGGAGAUGAACAAGAGGAGGAGAUGAGCGAGGAAGAGGAGGGUAUACACGACCACGAGUCAGCAGACGAACUCUACGGUGAGGAAGAUGAAGAGGAGAUUUAUUCGAACUGAUGAAAUGACUAUGGGGUGAAUUGUCUAAUCCAUUCUUCCAUUUAAGUCAACCUGUCUCUCAUAGCCUCCCACUGACCAAUAUUUGACCAUGUAAACAUUUUACUUUGAAUUUAGGAUUUUCCCAACCAUUUUGGGAAUCCUUUCAAAUAUUAUACAUUCUACAUCAAUGUUUCGAAGGAGAGAUGUUUAUGGGUGCAUGGAACCAUAUUUCAUAUAUAGUGCACUACUUUUGACCAGGCUUUGGUCAAAUGUUGUACACUAUUUAGGCCAGGGCUAUUCAACUAUAUUCUUACAGAUGUAAAAAAGGUUAAUUGCAGGGGGGGCAGACAUUAUCCACAUGCGUUUAGUUUAAGGAAGAACUGUUUAAAAAAUAAAAGCACACAACAAGUACUUUUCUUAAAUUGUUGCUAAAAUGAAUUAGGAAAGAAGUGGAUGUCGCUCAACCAAUGUGGUUAGAGGUGCAACCCAAAAAUGCAAUAAUUGAAAAAGAAAAGGCGCAAUGUUCGCUCACCAUUUAAAGCUUCUUAAAAGUAAUUAGGUCAUUUUAAAUUCUGAAAACGAAGUAUCUCAAAAAAUAACACACUUAUGUCAAGUCCGGUAAUGCCAAAUUCCAGUCUGAAGGAAGUAUGCUUUGAGUUUAUUUCCCUCAGUCAUUUGGUGUGUUUUUUUUUGUCACACUUCCUCUAGCAAGUCCUCGUGGGCAUCAGAGAGGGAAACAGAAGGCAUGUACGUGUGCUUAGCUUUCAGAAAUGGGGUCAAAAUGUAUUUGUUCCCUUAAACUGUUCAAAUGCUAGAGCCAAACUCAUAUAAAGAAAGAAUAAUCCAAAUGUCACGUAGGUUUCUAGAAACUAUAGUGCUUGUCAUUUUGGCCCGCAGGCCCACAGGCCACCAGUUGAAUAGCCCUAAUUUAUGAAUACAGGACCUGGUCUAGUAUAUAGUGCAUUCGGGUAAGGAUUCAGAGACCCCUCAACUUUUUCCAUAUUUUUGUUACAUUACAGCCUUAUUCUAAAAUGUAUUAAAUUUGUUUUUUUUCUCCCCAAAAUCAAUUUACACAAACUACCCCAUAAUUAUAAAGCAAAAACAAGUUUCUAGACAUUUUAGCAAAUGUAUAAAAAAAACUGAAAUCACAUUUACUUACGUAUUCAGACCCUUAACUCGGUACUUUGUUGAAGCACCUAUGGCAGCGAUUACAGCCUCGAGUCUGCUUGGGUAUUACGUUACAAGCUUGGCACACCUGUAUUUGGGGAGUUUUUCCCAAUUGUCUCUGCAAGGCCUUUCAAGCUCUUCUGUCAUGUUGGAUGGGGAGCGUGUCUCUAUAGAUGUUUGAUCGGUCCUGAGCGCUCUGGAGCAGGUUUUCAUCAGGGAUCUCUCUAUACUUUGCUCCGUUCAGCAUGAUGCCGCCACCACCAUGACCCUCAGGGUCUGAGAGUCUUUUGUUGUCUUUUGGCAAACUCCAAGCGGGCUGUCAUGUGCGUUUUACUGAGGAGUGGCUUCCGUCUGGCCACUCUCCCAUAAAGGCCUGAUUGGUGGAGUGGUGCAGAGAUGGUUGUCCUUCUGGAAGGUUCUCCGAUCUCCACAGAGGAACGCUCGAACUCUGUCAAAGUGACCAUCGGGUUCUUGGUCACCUCCCUGACCAAGGCCCUUCUCCCCCGAUUGCUCAGUUUGGCCGGGCGGCCAGCUCUUGGAAGGGUCUUGGUGGUUACAAACGUCUUCCAUUUAAGAAUGAUGAAGGCCACUGUGUUCCAAUUCCUUCGACCUCAUGGUUUUGUUUUUGCUGACAUGCACUGUCAACUGUGGCACCUUAUAUUGACAGGUGUUUGGCUUUCCAAAUCAUGUCAAAUCAAUUGAAUUUAGGUGGACUCCAAUCAAGUCGUAGAAACAUCUCAAGAAUGAUCAAUGGAAACAGGGUGGACCUGAGCUCAAUUGCGAGUCUUAAUAGCAAAGGGUCUGAACUUAUGUAAAUAAAGUAGUCCUAUUUUUAGUUUAAUAUAAUUUAAUACAUUUUAUAAUAAGGCUCUAAUGUAACAAAGUGGAAAAAGUCAAGGGGUCUGAAUACUUUCCGAAAACAGUGAAAGCUACAUUUUAUUUUGUAUUCUCUGGUUGAACGCAUGGUGCAUUGUUAUACUGUGUUCAUUAUUUGAGUGCACUGGAUAAUUAAUAUUAUAUAAAUAAUUAAAAGGUAUUGCACUUACCUGCAGAUAUGAAUUUCAAACCACAAUAGUUCACAACUAAUUUAGUACGUCUAGGUAUCCUUGAGUCCAAUAUUUGUAACCAUAGGGGUUAGCAAGAUGGCAAAAACAGAUCUGGGACCAGGCUAGCAUUUAGGUGUUUGUGUAACUAGACACGUGAGUGCAUGUCUUGACUGAAUUCUGACAUAUGUGAAUUUAUACAGAAGAUGGAUUGUAGAAAGAAAACAAAGGAGACUUGACAGACGGGUAGAUGUGUUAAAGCGUGGGUGUGUUCUUCAAAAGCUGUUCGCAAUUUGUCAAAUAAGUUGAGAUAAUGUUUAUCAAUCUGUUUAAUAAUGCACAAUAUAAUGCAGUAUAUGUUUGUAAUCAUUUGCACACCCACGGUCCUAUUCAUUAGGCACCAAAGAAGAAAACUGGGAAGGAUGGACCAGGACUUGUCCAAUAAGAAGCCCUUGUUCUCCUUUCCCGUUGCAAAACGUUUUGAAAUGGUGCAUACUAAUGAAUACGACCCAUGUUUCAUGACUUGCAGUUCGGGGAAACAUUUGCAGGUCUACUUCUAAUGACUGUAGCAAUCGAUAAUGUGUGCUAUUUUAGACAUAUUUUGUAUGGCUAUCUAUUUGCAAAUAAGUUCUGCAAAUAACAUGGUGGUACAUCAUGGCUUUUGUGUCUUGCAUGGGAUCUGUUUUUUCUUCACAUUGUUACAAAAGUUGACAGUGAAUGUUUGUAAAUAUCAUUUGACAAAAUAGUAUAUUUUUCAGGGAUUUUCAUACGGGUGAUUUUGAGCAAAUUAGUUUGUCGUUCUAUCCAGCCAAUCAAUUCUGCAUGAAUGUUAUAAAGAUAAAUAAAUGCAAUGUGCUGUUAUUACA